CUCCUGCCACAUUGCAAAAUGUGGAGUUAAAUCUAAAAAUAGGCUUAAAAAGAGGUGAUAGGCUUUGAGUAAAGUAAAAUAAGCCACUGAUUUAGGUCAUGAAAGGGAAUUUAUAUCACUAGUUCUCUGUUGCAGCUUUCUUGAGCUAAAAUUCUCCUCUGUCCUGACACAUGAAAAUGAAGAGGAGCAGCGGUGAGUAAAUGGAGUUGAGGCGUACGAAGUGUGGUCCGAUUCCAGUUCCUUCCUUCCCAGAUUUUGACCUUGUAAGUGAUCCGCCGAGGGGGUAUUGGAUGCUCUGCAGUUUAAUUUGUCUCCCUGGAUGUUCUCCCGUGGUAGCAAACUGUCGCCCGCUCCCAUCCUUUUCAAAAGGAGCGACCGUGGCAUGGGGUGAUGAAAUGCUUCAUCCAAAACUACAUCAGGGAUCCGUGGUGAGCCAGCUACAGCCCUCAACCUCUCCUGUCAUAGGCGAGCUCCAUAAUCAUGAGACCCGUCCUGUAACAUAAAGCUGGUCCAAAAACCCCUCAAGCCUCUGUAAAAUGAGCCCUGUGCAAUUUUUGCCCGUCUCGGAGCGGUUGUGCGGGCUCGGUGAUGUUUGUAAAGCGCUUCGAUACGCUUUGGUGAAGGGCAGGGUGUUAAUAAUUAAAACUGGGAGGAAGUUCUAAAGCAGCACGGGAGACGGCUGCCCUUUUCUGGUCUGAUAGUUCACAAAAAUGCAAACCAGGACGGGCAAAUCGGCGAGAAUUUGGUUCCACACCCCCUGCCACCAGCCACCUGCACUGUGCAGCUCACUGCUGCCCAGAGGAGAUGAGAGCAGCUCGUCCUAGCUCAGGAAAGGCUCUUGGACUUCAUGAAGGUGGUGAAUUAUCAACACUGGAAACCUUUGGAGUUAGCAUCUCCAAAAGUGCAUAAUUUGUACCGAUAUUUACAGCGACGGGAGAUUCACCAAACUGAGCAUUUUUUGACAAAUACGAGGGUUUGCUCAAUAGCACGACGAGGUCUGUAAAACUGAAACUUGGCUUUGGAAACUCUCUCCCUCUGUCCCACUUGGGUAUCGUCAGAAGGUUCUUCUGGUGAGGACGGGCCCCGCUAAUGGCUUUCUCCUGGCGCAGCUAACGAGCUGUUUGCAGGCUGUGGGAGCAGCCCCGCGUUUGUCCAUUUCCCUGCUUAGCAGUUUCAUUUGCAAAGUGCAGGCAGGAGCAGGCUUCUUGCCAGCAACAGCUUCAUUCAGAUUAGGGCUUUAGUUCAAUUAUGUCCAAUUAACUUUUAUUGCAGAUAGCAGUGAUAAUUACUUGCGAGUCAAUUUUUUGGCUGCGGUUAUCCCAGGGCUAAAGUCUGAGCCUGAUGGAUUUUAAUAACCGAAGUGACGGGGAGCUUUUCCUCUUUUUUUUUUUCCCUUCUUCAGGCCUCAAUUAGACGAAAGGUCAGAAGCUAUGUAAAAACCCAUCGUACAAUUAAAGCCGACUCUUCUCCUCUCCAGCAGCUGCCUUGUGCCGUGUUUUAAAAGAAUCUCUUGGGACCGACCUAAAAACAGCUUUUUAAACUCCGAGAGCAUAACCUUGAGCUCGCUGCCGCUUCAGCCGAGGAGGGGAUUUGAUGGAGCUGAUGUCACGCGUGGCACGAGGAGCGUGAUACGAGCAGCAUCCCAUUUAAGUGCUCUUACCCAAAAGCUUCUGCUUUUUCCUCCACUCACCUAGCGUUGCCAUCCUGGCUCGGGGAGGGAGCUGUGCUGCAGCAGGUGCCUGCCCUUUCCCCGAAGCACGCCCCGUACAUUUCAGUUCUCCCCGCUCUCCACUCCAAACUAUUUAAUUUUGUUGCCUGAGUAACGUCGUAAAUGGAGGUCAGCCUGAAAGGUGAAGCGGUUUACAAGCGAAAUCAUAGGUAAUUAAACCGCGAGGAGCAGGGAUUGAUUUGGAUGGAAACUGUUGCAGGGCUCUGCAAAAGGUCCGCCCGGGUGCAGGAAGCCAAGAGGUCCCGUCCAGGCAGACGGUUAGGAAAGGCGCCUUGCUAUUGUUCAGUGCUCCUCUUUAUUUACCCCCAAACACUCCGGGUGCUAUCGUGAUUUAUCGCCGUUUCAAAAGACCGCCUCUCCGCACCUUAUUUUGCACUUUUCCCUUUAGAAAAAAAAUCAUUAAGGGGGAUGAGCUACCAGCACGGUGCUCCUUUGGUAAUUUCUCUCCAGGAAAAGGUAAGAUCUCCCUCUGGCUUUUCAGCAGCCCCGAGCAAGCAGAGGGUGCAGUGAGUGGCCGGGCAGAGAGGGCUGUGCAGGGCUGGAGAGAGGCAGGGAGCUGCAGGACCACCAGGGUGCUGAAUAAAACCCAGCAGGCUGGAAAAAAAACAUCCUGAGCACCGAGGUUGGCAGGGGAUUCGGCGUGUGCAGCUGAUGGGAACAAAUUUUUUCCCCCCUUUAUGUUUAGGUUACUUCAGGAGAAGGAAAAGGACUGAGUCUCGUUCGGUCCCGAGCAGCCUGCUGGGGGUAAAUGAGACACCGAGGUUCCCUUGGAGCAGGAGGAUGCGCCCAAAUUUAAUUAUAUUCCCUGGAAAGCUCCUGCAAACGUUUGGACCCAAAAAACUUCACAACCCACCUUCGUUUUUGGUCUCGUUUGCAUCAUUUACAUAUAUAUACACACAUAUAUAUAUGGUGAACUUGGACCGUGCAGCCCGUGGUCGGGGUUCUCCAUAAAUCCUGCCUCCGGUUAGGGAACCUCACGUGGCCACCUUGUGAAUGAGGAGGGGAAACGAAGCGUGUCGGUCAGCCCCGAGUGCUUUUAACUCCCAGCUGACGGGACCCCGGGGUGCUGGAAACUUGGAAUAGUUCCGAGCUUUUCUUUUUGUGCGGGUAGAUCCUCCCGCCCCGAGCCCGCAGUUUGGAAUUUCAAACAUGCGUGUUUACUUUCAGGAACCUAACUUUAGACUUCAGCAGCUUGCUUUCGUCUAAAGCAGCUCGGCUUCCCAUAUUUCACUGCCCGGGGGUGGUUUACGGGGAGCGUUUCCUUUGUGUGCUUCCCCUGGAAGGCCUCUCGAGAGCUUCAGGCACUCGUAUUUAAAAUCCUGGCAAUGACUCGGUGUGUGGGGUCUGUUUAUGUGAUGAUAAAGCUGUGUUGGAGUAUGAGAAGUUUCCUACCCGUGCCGAGUCGCUUUACACCUCGCUUUUACUCCGCCGUGUCAAAGUUCCGCCUGGCAGAGGCAGUGGUACGCUUGGAAUAUCAGCCAAAAAAUCAUGCGUGUAUUUUUUCGCAAUGCAUUCAGUCCAGAAAGGCGAUAUUUGUGUGCAGAGGAGUGAAUGCCCCAUGUUGUGUUAGUGCCUGUCUGCCAUGCUGGCCUGUCUGCCAGGACCAGGUGACCUCUCCUUUCAGCUUCUUUCUUACACGCAGAUGAACACUGGACUUCAGAAAUGGGACACUACACAGAAAAUGAGAUCUGCACAGUAUCCUACCCCAGCAGAAUUGGAUGCUUAUGCUAAGAAGGUCGCCAACAACCCACUGACUAUAAAGAUUUUCCCCAACAGCGUCAAGGUUCCCCAGAGGAAACACAUUCGCCGUACUGUGAACGGACUUGAUACUUCGGGCCAGAGGUACAGUCCUUACCCGUCUCAGGCCACCACGAAAACGGGCCUCCUGGCCAUAGUCAAAUCUCCAGCGAAAGGAAUUCUCAAGGACUUUGACGGGACACGCACACGCCUGCUGCCGGAAGCGAUGAUGAAUCCCCCUUCCACCCCCUACGUUGCACCGAGCACUUUAACCCACCCCCAGGCGCUUGCUCGCCAGCAGGCUCUCCAGCAUGCACAGACUUUGCCGCACCCCCAGAGCAUCCCGCAGCCGCAGACUUUGCAGCACCCUCAGGGGAUACCACAGCCACAAAGCUUAGCUCACCCUCAGGGGAUCCCGCAGGCGCUGCCGCACCCUCAGAAUAUGCAGCAGCCGCAGGGCUUGCAGCAUCCUCAGCCCAUGGCGCACCAGACUCUGCAGCACCCCCCCGCCCCUUUGCUGCAGCCGGGUUUACAUGGAAGCAGAAAGAUGCCGGAUGCAGACGCGCCGCCGAAUGUGACCGUGUCUACCUCAACCAUUCCCCUCUCUAUGGCUGCCACCCUGCAGCAGAACCAGCCACCGGACCUGAGCAGCAUCGUGCAUCAGAUCAACCAGUUCUGCCAGGCCAGAGCUGGCAUUAGCACUACCUCAGUCUGUGAGGGACAGAUCGCCAACCCCAGCCCCAUAAGUCGCAACCUGCUUAUCAAUGCAAGUACCAGGGUAUCUACUCACAACGUCCCCACGCCCAUGCCUUCCUGUGGAGUAAACCCUGCGGACCAUGCUGCUGCUGCUAUUCCUUCUGCCUCCGUUAACGUGCCCAUGGUGAAUAUGAACAGGGUGCCGCCCGCCUACCCGAACGAAAUCAAACCGGUCGCCUGGAACCAGCACCAGCUUGCACACCUGCAGCAAAUGUGCGGGGACGCUGCUGGGCCCGCCGGGCUCGCGGGGAAGCACCCUCAGAGAGAGAUGGCAGGGCAGAGCUUCCCCGGCAAGACGGCCGGCUACCCCCAAGAACUGUGCAUGGGCCAGUCGUUCGGCUUGAAGCCCCCCCUCGAGAAGCCCACCCCCUCUCCGCCGGUGAACGGCUUGCAGGGACCCUUGCCGUACACCAACGGGCACUAUUUCCAGCCCAUGUGGAAUAACAUCCUGCCCACCCCCAACAGCGACAGCUCCGGGUCCCAGGACCUCGCCAUGCCUUUCCACGGGGGCCAGCCGGCAGGAGCGCCGCUGGAUUGCGCGGGGGGAACUCAUUACAGAGCUGGAGCUGGUCCAUCCAGCCAGAAUAAUGUGAUGCAGACCAUGGAUUACCUAAGCGGGGACUUCCAGCAGGCUUGCUUCAGAGAUCAGAGCAUGGCCGUGCUGGGAAAAGUCCAUCGGCCCCCCAUCAACCGAGCACCUGAACCAACCGAUAGUCGAAAUCUUCAUAUUCAACACCCAGGGUAUAGAUAGGCUGCAGUCACUUUCACAGACAGAAAUUAGAGGUUUAGUCUUAAUUUUAAUUAAUAAGCAAGGCGUUUUUAACUUGCAAACUUGUGUGAUCAUUAUAGUAACCGUUGGAAGAAGACAUACUGUAUAUUGAAAAGCUUUGCCUACGUGUUAUCUCUCUCUCCUUUAUGCAUCAAAUAUUUAACAUGCCUUUUGUUUCAAAGGAUUUCAUUACACUACUCCACGCCACAGCUGUUUCCUCACCGCAGAAUCCCCUUGUGCUGCUUUUGCCUUCUGCUUAGUAACUGCGUGCUGGACUGAUGUUGAGUUGCUGCAGGGUUUCGCAGUUGCAUCUGUUCGCCAGCUCCUCGAAGAGCCAGGUAGUGUAGCCGCUUACAUUUCCAUCUCCAUUUCCUCUGAAGAUUAAGAGCAACAGAAUUUGUCAGGAAGCAGGGCUUAUUUUCAGCUCGAAAGCCCAUUUCAUUAAUGCAUUAAACAUUGACCAUUUGCACUGUCUAGAGGCCUAUUUAAUUGAAAAAGAAGCCGACGUUUGCAAAGAGCUAGCUAGGGGUACGUAUUGAGGCAUUAACAUAGGAAGAAGCUUUCCAGCCGUUUAUCGUUUAGACUUUGUCCAAAGUCAAAAGUCUCCAACAGAUUUAUUAUUUUUUUCCGACACUUUUGUUGUUUUUUUUUUACAGACAGGGUGUGGGGAGAGGGGGAUUGGCGGUUUUAGGGCCCAGGCAGCCUGGCUGCCGUCGGUAGCUGCCUUUUUCUGCAUCCCAUUUCCCUUCCCCGCUCCUCUUUGGCCAGCUAACGUCGUCUGAACCCCUCGCUGCUAGGAGUCUGGCCGUCCCCAGGCGAAGGGCCGGGAAUCCAGACCCACUGACAACUCCAAAAAAGGGUUCAGCCUCUUUCCUCCUGUAGCUAGGAUGAAUUUCAGGGCUGAGGAGACCUAACUCCAGCUCAUCUCCGGGGCCGCGGGGCCACGUUCUCAAUGCUCUCACAUUCCAGCAGCGGUUCUGGUGGAGCGGGAGGCGGUGGAUCUGAAGCGAAGCUCCGGCCACGAGACACCCGGGGGGGGGCUUUAGAGUCCCGUAUCCUCCAGCAAAAACGCCCCAGCUGAUUUACUGGACCGCCCCUCCUCUCUGGGAAUUAGCGGAGCUGUUAAUAACCUACCAAUAUUCUUCUUCCCGGAGUCUCGGUGCCUAACUCCUUCUGUUCCUUCCCCAAGUCACUCGCAGCAGCUAGUCGAGUCAGUGACCGGUAGGACACUAAGUGGUGGUAACCUCAGCGUCUUGUUCUCUUCCAUGUCUUGAAACCUUUCCUUUCCGAGAGCCGAAUUUGUUGUAAGUAGAAAAUUCCUCAUCUCUGUCAACGAGGCUAAUACUUGAACAUAAUGAUCACAAUCAAGUUUGGAAAUUAAAAAAAAAAAAAAAUACAAAAAAAAAAAAAUACAACAAAUAAAUGCAUUGAUUCUUUAUAUGUACACUGGCUAAAAAAAAAGAAAAAGAAAAAAAACCUAUUGCUCUACACUGUAACUUUUAAGUGUAAUAUUUCUGUAUGAAUGUCGCCUGGUAGUGUGGGUUUGAGUAGCAUUGUGUAUGGGUGAACCCACUGGCCUCUGCCAUCCACUGGCCUCCCUCACAGCCCUUUGAAAAACAAAGCCUUAAGUAUUUGCUCCUUGAACUUUCCUUAACGAGCAUGGUUUAAAAUCUUAAGACAUCAUACGAAAACUCAAAAAAAAAAAAAAAGAAAAAAAAAAACACACAAAAAAAAAAAACCUUACAAGUUUUGAAGUGACGUCAUAGUUGGCUAGAGAUUCUUAAAAGUUUUUUCGUAAAUGGAAAAAUUAGAAAACAUUUAUUUGUAUUUUUUUAAUUUAGAUGUGUAGUCCUGGGCUGUAACAAAUAUUUAGGUUUCAAAGCUUAGCAGAGUACGUUUUCUGACUCCUUGCGUAAGGUAGUACACUUAUGUCAUUAUUUAAAUUCCUUUAAGUGUACUCUGAGCCGGUCUUUAGUGAUAACUCUUUAGCAAAGUUAAGCAAUUUGACUAAAGACGGAUUAAAUUAUGUGUUGGCUUGUGUUGCCUUAUAUUUAAAAAGGAAAAAUUGCCUGAUUGUGUUAUGCCAAAUGAUAGCAACAUGAAGUCCUAAUUUAUUGUUUAUAAUCGUAUUCCUGCAGUCUUUGUGAAAACUGGUAAAUAUACAUCUAUGAAAGAACGAAAACCCUGAGGCUUUUCAUGCAAUAUUUUUCUGAAUACAUUAUAUUGGAAGCCAAGGUUCGAGUCUGAAGCUGCUUCCCUUACAGCCUCCCUGUCGUCUCCCCUGUCCCCACAUCGAUCUAGGGCUGUGCUAUGACUUUAACCUUUCCUGCUAAGUUAGUUCCUGUAAGGUGUUGGCUACCUGCAUACCUACCUUUUUACUAAAUAAAAUAUUGCCAUCUCCUCUCUUCGUUAGCCUGCUGCAAAUCUCACCCCAGACUCUUAUUUAAAGCUUUUUUUUUUUUUCCCUUUUCCUGCUCUUCUCCUAAGAGAGAGCCCUGAGCAGAGCCCCGUUGUCGUGGUCUUUGCCAACGUGGUUUUGCUGUGGCUGCUAGCGCUGGAUGUGCCCUGGGAGCCGCUGUGAUUUGCUCUGCAGAGAGCCACGACCCCCGAGACUUUGCCCUGGCACCGCAGGACCGGGAAGCAAAAAAAGCAAAAACCAUUCCCGAGCAAAAAUAUUCCCAAACCUCAUCCAGGCGGGACGGUGCCAGGUGCCUGCUUGAAAAAACAGCCCUCGCUUUCCGAGUCAAACAUGCAAAAACGCUUCCUUUUUGUUGUUCUAGGAGCGAGGGCUUUUUUGAACGGCAGCUGACAGCUUCUCCUUUCUCCUUCCCCAUCAGAUCUGCAGAGAGACAGCCACCACCCUGCCUCCUUCCCAGGCGCAGGGACCCCAGCCUCAGCCUGCAGAGCAGCCCUGUGGGGCACCACUGCCCGGGGAGGAGCGGGUGAGGCUUAAUCCCGAGGACCAGUGGCCCCAGCAGUGCGGUAGGAGCUGUUUCUGUGCCAUUUAUUUCACGCUCUGUGGGUCCUUCCCUUGCUGGAGGACAGCCCGGAGGCUGGUGCCACGCGCGGUGCCCAACGCGGUGGCAGCAGCGGCGCAGGGACCAGCACCCCUCAGCUCCCUUCCAGGAGUUCACAGCACUGCUCCCAGCUCAGAUCCUUCCCUUCUUGCCUUUUUGCCUUUUUUUUUUUUCUUAGCUUAAUUGUUUCAUGACCUCCAGCACAGGAAAUGCGAGCUACCAGAUUUUUGGUUCCACGCUCGUGCGCGGAGCCUGGGUACCCGCAGGUGGCAAUUCUGCUCUUCGAGCAAGGAGCAGGGUCUUUGCAGGUGGUUUUUUUUGGAAUUAUUUAUGCUGUGUUGUCAGCACCAACCCCUGUCCCCUGUCCCGUAUCACACUGGUUUAGCAGAAUCUCGUUAUCCUGGUGGUUUCUGGCACCACCCUUGCCAGCCGGAGGUUGGCAUGAAAUAGCUUCGGGAAGGGUUCAACAGGAAAGUGGUGUAAAACCUCCCAGGAGGAAGCUUCCAUCUCCGUGUCUUUUCUUUUGAGCAGAAGCUUUGAAGCUGUUAAAUCUCAAGCCCAGUUUGUUACAGCCCAAAGUUACCGUUUUAUAAAAAAGACACUUGUGAAUUUCCUUUCUUUAAGCUUACGCUGUGAAAGACGUCUCCGUGGGACUCGGCCACUCCCGUAGAAACCAAACAGAAAUGUUUGCUGGGGCUCACGGUGGAGACAACGGGGAAUUGCUGCUGUAUUUGAUUAAACCACAUACUGAUUCUA